GCCCAACACAUUCCAAUUAGUACCGUCGCUCUCCAUCAAAUUUCUUUGCAUAUAAUAUUUGACUGAAACAAUAAAAUUCCAAAUUUGCAAAAUCAAAAACCAAAAAGCUCCUCAAAAAUGGCACCAACUCUUCUCUUUAUCCUUAUAAUUUCUCUCUUGACCCCCUCUAAUACCCAAAAUCUCCAAUCCGCAGAAGAAGAAGCGUUUAUUUCAAUCCUAAUAUCUCAACAAGGUCUCGACUUUCUUAAGAAUUUACUCAUAACCAAAGCAAUUUCCUCAGUAAUUCCUCUCAAUUUGCCCAGAAUUGAAAGAACAGCUGAAAUCCCAGUUCUGGGUAACGUUGAUAUGGUCUUGUCGAAUAUCACCAUAUAUGAAAUCAAUGUAUUUUCUUCUAAUGUUAAGCCUGGAGAUAAAGGGGUUGCAAUUAUUGCAUCGGGGACUACUUGUAAUUUAAGCAUGAGUUGGUCUUAUGAGUACAGUGCUUGGUUUUUUCCUGUGGAGAUUUCUGAUAAAGGAAACGCUUCUGUUCAGGUUGAAGGCAUGCAAGUGGGGAUUACAUUAGGCUUGGAGAACCGGAAUGGAACCUUGAGGUCGUCUCUUAUAGAUUGUGGUUGUUAUGUUAAAGAUAUCUCUAUAAAAUUGGAUGGAGGAGCAUCUUGGCUUUAUCAAGGGAUGAUAAAUGCUUUUGAAGGGCAUAUAGGGGCUGCGGUGGAAAAUGCUAUUACUAAGGAACUCCACAAAGGGAUUCCAAAGCUUGAUUCGUUUCUGCAGUCUCUUCCAAAAGCAAUUCCAGUAGACGAUAAUGCUUCUCUAAAUGUGACUUUUGUUAAGGAUCCUUCGUUGAGUAAUUCUUCCAUUGGGUUUGAUAUUAAUGGGUUAUUCACUGCAAGGAAAAAGAUUCCAGUCCUGAAUAAUGAAUACAAAAAUUCGCAACCUUCAGUUUUCUGUGCAGAUCCAUCUAAAAUGCUUGGAAUUUCACUAGAUGAGGCUGUCUUUAAUUCUGCAUCAGCCUUAUAUUAUAAUGCAAAAUUUAUGCAAUGGAUUGUUGAUAAAGUGCCAGAUCAGUAUCUUUUAAACACUGCUGGAUGGAGAUUUAUUGUGCCUCAACUGUACAAGAAAUAUCCAAAUGAUGACAUGAAUUUAAAUAUCUCUUUAUCUUCACCUCCAAGCAUAAGGGUAUCAGAGCACAAUAUUGAUGCAAUUGUUUAUGCGGAUUUGAUAAUUGAUGUUUUGGAAGCCGACCAAGUAAUACCGGUUGCAUGCAUUUCAUUGGAAAUUCAUGGCUCAGGUAUAGUAAGAAUAUCUGGCAAUAAACUUGGUGGCAGUCUGAAAUUAAAUGAUUUUUCAAUGUCAUUGAAAUGGAGCAAUAUUGGCAAUCUUAGGUUGAAUUUCAUUCAGCCAGUCAUAUGGACUCUUAUUCAAACAGUUUUCUUGCCAUAUGCAAAUGCACAACUUCGACAAGGCUUCCCUUUGCCAAUCAUUCACGGUUUCACCCUCAAGAAUGCUGAAACAACCUGCUCAAGUUCAAAAAUUACUGUUUGUGGUGAUGUGGAAUUCACGGACCCAGGUUCUAACCAAGCUUCUUUUUGAUUUUUGAGAAGACAAAAUAUUUUGUGUUACCUUCUGAUAUACCUUCUGAUAUGGUCUUGAAGAUGCAUUGACCAAAAAUCCAGGUAGCAGAUGUUCAAGUCCUCUGUUGUUGUUUCAUAUGUAAAAUAAAACCAUAACUGUACAGAUUGUGAGAUGCCAUACAUCAUAAAGUGAUACUUUGUAAUAUUAUUGAAGCAUUAAAUUCAUUCUUUAACUUAAAUGACAAAGAAGAAUAACUUCUGAUGUGAUGAUA